ACCGCACCUGCGCAGCCAUCUUGAACCUUUAGCAAGCAACGGACACCGCAAGGCAGGAAAAGGGAGUGAAAUAUACUAACCAAAGCGAAGGAAACAGUGAUAUGUCGGCUACAAUUAAGGAUAUAUGAAUCAGUAAAGAUCGAAUAGAGCAGAGCUACCUGGGUACAGCAACGGAGAGAGUUAACAACCAUCUAAGUGCCUCGGAUACCCGGACCUACAAGUCAUCUUUUUUUUGCCGGACGAGGAAGGAAGAGCCGAUUUUCCGACAGAAAAAACAUCCAGAGUGAAAUCAUGAAUCCCGAAUAUGACUAUCUGUUCAAGCUCCUUCUCAUUGGAGACUCUGGAGUAGGAAAGUCCUGUCUUCUGUUGCGCUUUGCAGAUGACACCUACACUGAGAGCUACAUUAGCACCAUCGGAGUGGACUUUAAGAUCCGCACCAUUGAGCUGGAUGGCAAGACCAUCAAACUUCAGAUUUGGGAUACUGCAGGUCAGGAGAGGUUUCGAACUAUCACCUCCAGUUACUACCGUGGAGCCCAUGGCAUCAUAGUUGUAUAUGAUGUGACAGAUCAGGAGUCCUACAACAACGUCAAACAGUGGCUUCAGGAAAUUGAUCGUUAUGCCAGUGAAAAUGUCAACAAACUUCUGGUGGGCAACAAGUGUGACCUGACUACUAAGAAAGUCGUGGACUACACAACAGCCAAGGAGUUUGCUGACUCUUUGGCCAUCCCCUUCCUGGAGACGAGUGCCAAGAAUGCCACCAAUGUAGAGCAGGCUUUCAUGACCAUGGCGGCUGAGAUCAAGAAGCGUAUGGGUCCCGGCGCUACAGCCGGUGGCGACAAGCCCAACUUAAAAAUCGAGAGCACCCCCGUCAGGCAGUCUGGAGGGGGUUGCUGUUAAAGAUUCCCUCACCCCAUCACCCCAGCCAUCACCUACACCAUUUCCACUGAGAUUUCCCUUAUUCUCCUCUCUGUGCUCUCUUACUUCACCUCUGCCAGUCCCACACCUCACCAUUCCUCCAUAACACCAUGUAACCCACGCACACCUCCCUGACUACCCCUCUGUCAGCCUGCCUGGACAUACAGGACGGCCGGGCAAACAGAAAAGUAAUCUGCAACUUAGGGAUGGCCUGUAUCCCCUCCACAAACAAAGUGGAGAAGGCAAAAAAUUAUGCGAGGGUGGGGGGGGUGGGUGAUCGCAGAAACAGACACUGAGACAAGUUUUGCUUUCUUCCAAAAGGACAGAAAGAAAAUGGAUGCUGGGGAAGAUUGGUAUUGAUUCAGCGUUAAAUGGAAGCAGUGGAAGAUUAUAUUUAGAUACAAGUGAGCUUAUGUCCACACACACACACACACACACACACACACACACACGCACACACACACACGCUGUAGUGGGGUGGUACAGGUUAAAGAGAUUUAAGCCUUUUAGCCCAACACAUUUGUCCUCAGGCUGUGUCUGUCUUUGUCAGUCUCAUCUUGUGUCCCCCAACCUCAUCCCACCCUAGCCUAAAUUUUUGCAACUUGGAAUUAUUUACCUGCACAGUCUCACCACUCUAUAUGCUCUGUACACAGUAGUAAAAGGAAAUGUUCCCGAAUAGCAGCAGCCUGCUAACAGUGACUCAUCAUUGCUGUUUCCUGAUUAGGGUCCAGGGAAAGCCCUAUCAGGGAGCCUCCUCUUCUUCAGCCUCUCCUCCACUUUCUUACAGUGUGUUCAGAUAGACAGCAAAAUCAGUUUUUUAAACUCACAUUUGAGCAGUCUGCGUUCUUUUACCUCAGGCAAGCCAGUGUAUCAGCUGCACAGACAUUAGCUGUGGGCUAGCUAGGGAGUGUUUGAACUUCUGCAAUUUUCCUCCAGUCUCUGCUUGUUCCUACUGUUUCUGUAUGUUCAAGAAAGGGUUACAUUUUUCCUCAGAUUUUUUAACAUAAUCGGUUUCUUCAGCUCUACUCAAAUUGCUGUCUAGCUGAACUUAAUAGCCUAUUUUCAGUGACAUUUAAUGCAGUCACAUUGUUUCCUAUCUGUCUGAACACACCUUUAAUUUGUCAUUCUGCUUCAAACAAACUCUCUUAUCAAAAGCAUUCGGUUGUAACCAUGUAAAGUGACAGAAGAAGUUGUGUGAAAAAUGGCAAGAAAGAGAGCUUACUUUCAUGUCUCUUCAUGCUGGCCAUUUGUUCAAAGUGAGUCUGAUUGUCAGAUUAAAGUGACAAAUUACCUCCAGGAUUAGAAAGGAGGUUUUACUGAUAGAGUCUACUACAUGCAUUUAGUUGGAAAAAUACUGGGCCUUUAGUACAUCAGAAAAUGAUAGAGAAAUAUUCAUUUGCAUUCUCAUGAAACAAAAUAGGUAGCAUAGUGGUUACUUGUGAGGAUAGUUGUCAAGCUGCUGGUGUGCAGUUACAGUUAGUAAGCCUGCUACUUUGGUCAAUAGUAGUAAGUUACAACACUUUACUCAAUGUACCAUAGACUCCUGUGUGGAAGCCAUGCCUGUUGUGUGGAGCUGGAUGUAUGAGAAUGGAAGGUACAACACAGGUAGUGUGAUAACAUUCUGUAUUCUGGAUGGUUUGACUUGCAGGUGGUCAGGGAAGCAAACCUGUUCCUUAACUUAGGCAGCUCAGCUGAUUCCACAUAUAGAAGUCAGCUGGGAUGGAAGUGGGAGUUAUGAGAUCUGUAAUAUAUGGUGUUAGUCUUUUAAAGCUAUGAUUUCAUGGAAGAAAAGAAUGACAUGACAAAAUGCUGUAACCUUUAGCAGAGUGAAAUGCUGAAAUGACACUAAAAAUUAAAGUCACUUGGGCAGACAGCACAGACGAUGAGGCAUGACAAAGCUGGGGUAGGGUGGGGUUUGGGGGGUGGGUGAGCACUUGAUUUGAGUUAUUUUGACAACCAGAAACAAUUGGCAAUAUCCUGCAUUAACCUUACAAUUUGUGUUUUAUCAUUGUUGUGAUUUCAUAGGUUGUUCUGAUGGGGACGACUUACACAAUAAGCUCCGCCUCUCAUGUUCAGCACAUGACAGAAUAGGUUGUAGGAUGUUGUUUUGUUCUUGUUUGCUUGCAGAUGAAGCUGGGGUAGAGAUGUGGUGUGAUUGUGUCUAUUGGCUUAGAGGGUGGGGUCUUACAAAAGCUGCUGUUCCUUUCCUGGGGUCAACCAAUCUGUCAGGGUCUCCCAUGUGGACUCUUGGGUCAUGUCUGUUUUUUUUUUUUUUUUUUUUUUUUAUGUCAGUGAGCAUCCCUGGUUCCUCAUCAGAUUCCUUAGUGCUCCAGUUUGUGCCUCCCAUGUAACCGUCCUCCCUAUGCUUGAGUCUGAUUAUUAAGGCCUUGGUGACUUCAGUAGAACAAGUUCAUAUGAAGUAUUGUUCAAACAUCAAACAUACUGAUGUUGAGAAAUGUUUACAGCUGUUAUGAAGCGACAUACUCAAAGGUCACACACUGAAUUGUAUAGAUGAGGAUAACCGUGCACAUUCUUUAGCAGCUUUUUUAGCUGCAGAAGGCAGAAAUCUACGAAAAACUAAACAAAAAAAAUCAAAGAAUUGAAAAAAUGACAACCUUCAUCCUCUAGUUCUUCCUUCUCCCCUCAGCUCUAUGCUCCUCUCACCAAACAAGCAUGCAGUUCAGACGCACAAAGAUAGCCAAGACAAAAGCCAACAUUUAUUUAUGGCUUCACUUCUUAACCUAGGUCACCUCAAGAUCCACAUAAUGGCUUUCUUCCAACAACUAGGACUUUUGCAGUUUUGGUGUCAGACACCAAAGAUGGCCCUUCAACAGAAAGACUUCAGUCGCCUCAUGAUAAUUGUGCAGAGCUCACUAGUGAUAAAGGCCAUUAAAUGCAGUUGAAACCUCUGUGAAAGGAUACUAAAUGGUACUUCUUGGAUUAGAUCCAAGGGUUGCUAAGGAGAAGUACAAAUUUGAUCAUUCAGCUUUCAGUGAAAUUUGUAGAGUUCAGAUUUCUGCCUGAACUCUAAAGCACUGCGGUUAUAUACUCAGCACGGAUCACUGAAAAAGAACAAACUGGAGCGAGCCAUAUCUGAGCAGAUCUGAGAGUGUUGCACCUGUAGUUGUUGAUCGUAGCUGCCAGCAGUUAGCGUAGUAACGGUGGAGUCACAGAGUAUGAAUUGUUUUACGUGCUUGAAGCUCUGAGCGCCUCACUGCUUUUAAUACCUCUGUGUUAGCUCUCAGUGGUAUUUCUAGGGAAACUGGAAGGAAUGUGAAAAACAAAGCAUCCGCCUGGACUGUUGGAGGGGCCUCUACAUAGCCGUGAAACUCUGCUUCUUUACAUAUAACCUGAUCAAUCUGAGCCACCUAUUUUUACCCUGUUUGACAAGAGAACUGGAAGAUAUGCUGACAUUUUUGUAGAAAGCUGCUCUCACAUGACAAAAAAAUUACUGUACUGUGCUAGCGUUUGCCAUUCUUAUGGCUCUAUUGGUUUCUAACUGUACACAUCCACAGUGGUCAGUUUCAUCAUGUGCGUUGUGUUUGGGGGCAUCAGGAGAUUCAGGGACUGACUGGUCUUGGUUUGCUGACCGGGUAUGAACUCCCAGCUCUUCCUUCAAGCCAACCAUGCCACUUAAACUUGAUGAAUUCCUCAAGAUCCCCACUGACCAGUCCCUGCUCUCGCACGAGGGAAGCUAACCUGGGCUUCACUUGCACUCUUAGUUCUGUACAAGAAGAAACCUGGCAGCAUUUCAGGCAGAACAAGGCUUCAGGCUGAGGCGUCACAAAGAGCAUGCGUUCACUUCCAUUUGUGAAACCGCUUCAGCCGUGUGGAGCCGAAGUGGAAUGCUAGAGUUUUCAGUGCAGGACUGGAAUCUGACACUGAGGGAGAGGGACGGCAGCAGCAAGCAUAUGUAUGUGUCUGUAGAACGGGUCAGGGUUGCAUGUAACAUUCCGGAGCUUUUUGGACAUGUGUUGGUAUCCCGGCAUCACGCCACUCUCACUUUAGUAGAUGCAGAAGAAGCAAUUAUUUGAAAUUUAACACUUAACACACACAGACACACACACACAUACACACACAUAUAGAUGUUUUGCGCUUUCAUGGCGAUUUCCUUUUUUAAAAUCUUUUUCUUUCAACAAGUCUUGAUAUGAUACUGAUUUUAAUGUAUUCAUUGAAUACUAUACUGUGUUGUCUAGUCCAUGAAAGUAUGAGGGAACACUGGGCAGGGUGGGCCUUCUGAUGAGGGAGGGGUUAAACACAUAUAGGGUUUGGCUUCUGCUUAUGAAUGUGAUUCUGAUGAAACAAUGCUUGACUUUUCUUCUUUAGCUCCUAUUUUGUUUUUUGUUUUUUUUGUUUUUAUUGCAUUAAAGGUGGUGUUUUCCUUGUCAUUUGCACACUGUUCAGUGGCUUAAUAAAGGCACUCAUUAAGUGGUGUUUGUUAAUAAAAAGCACCGGGCCUGUCACCUUCUGUCUUUUUAUUUUCUGUUUGGCUUGUUCACUUUGGUGCUGUCUCCCUGCUGAGUUUGCUCAUGUUUUUUUCUGUACAUAUUAUAAAUAUAUAUAUAAUAAAAUGAUGAAAACGA